CCACAAGAAUACCCGGUUAGAGUAUACACAGUCAUAGAGGUAUUUGUUAAAGAUAGAUCUUCAUUUUAGAUCAUGGCAUCUUGGGAGCCUUCGUUUCGAAGAGGUCCUUAUGGCCUCGUUAUGAAUGACUCAGCUGAGGUGAUGCCAAUCAAGAACCAGCAUCGUGAGAAUGAUAGAAGUAAAUCCCUGUCAGCUGUUACCGUCAGAGCACAGGCAGAGGCUGUACUCAAGAAGGCCGGGGGUGACAUAUCGAAUUCAAAGCAUCUAUUUGGUUGCUUUGAACUUCAAUUUGGCUGCUUCAGGGGCAUGUCUUUCAAAUGGAUUCUGGAGAAUUCCCCUGGCUACGAUGGAUGGCUGGUAGCAGAAUCAGAGAAAGAUUUAGCAAAUCCAAAAGAAUCGGAGGCAUAUGGUGACAGAUGGGUAAAUAAGAUGGCAUUCAAAAAGUAUGUCGAGUUUUUUGAAGAAGGCCGUGAACUAGUGGCAUAAAAGAGAAGGAGUUUAGGUAUGUCAAUGGCUCAUAACUUCAAUUAUUUGUAAUAUUGACAAUCUUAUUUAAUAAACAAAAAAGUUUCA